AUGCAUAGUAAACGCCAUAGAUCCGAGCUACCAGAAGUGUUAUGGCGAGACGUGUAGUCCAGCGUGGUGCAGACGAUCUGGAUCGAAUCAGCCAACUCCCGGUAGAGAUUCUCGACCAUAUUAUGGGGCUCUUGCCUAUUCAACAAGCUGCUAGAACUGCAGUUUUGUCUAAGGUUUGGAGAGAUUUGUGGUCCAGUCUCUCGCAUUUGUGCUUCGAUCAUCUCUUCUUUAGCCAUUUUAAUAAGAAAUAUCGGCGGGCUAGUAAAUACAUCAAGACAUCUUCAUGUUUUUAUGUAAUCACCAAAGUUCUCUUGGAACACAAGGGAUCUAUCCGUAAAUUUGUGUGUCUUCAUUCAAAUGUUGGGACCCUAACGGUUAGGUCUCGAUCAUUUGACAUAGAUCAGUGGUUGUUGUUAGUCACACGACGAGGUGUUGAAGAAAUCUACCUUCAUUUUGGGUAUAACGAAUACAAGCUGCCGGAUUGCAUAUUUUCAUGCUCAACCCUUAGAACAUUAUGUCUGCAAGGGUUCUCUAUUGAACCGCAAUGUUCUCCAUGCACUCUACCAAAUGUUACCUCACUUCGUUUUGUACGUGUUGGAUUUGGUUCUAGAGAUAUUUCAAACUAUGCUGUACAUGUUCCUAGGCUCGAGAAUCUGUCAUUUAUUCGGUGUAAGGAUAUGUUUCACUUUAACAUUACUCCUAGAAAUCUUUCCAGUUUGACAACCAAGGGCUGUUAUAAUAGCGAAUCUGACAAGUUUCUCCCAGUCAACUUGGACUUGAAAUCUAUUUGCACUCUUGAUAUGAAGAACUGUUCCGAUCUCCGGUAUUUUCUUGGCCAAUAUACUACAAAGGGACUCUCUUUACAACCGCCCGCACUAAAUGUGGAACUACUCAAGCUCUCAAAUUUUUGGUCCGGGGAUGAUGAUGAGAUUUCUGCAUUUGUAUGCUUGCUGUCUAAUUGCCCAAAGUUAUGCAAUCUUGAAUUACUUUUGACAGGGGAUUUAAAAAUGUGUAUAGAUGCUACAUCAGGGCAUUUGGAAAAAUUCCGCAGGGUGCUACGAACACAAAAACUACUUUCCUUUUUGAAGCUUAAUGUAUUCGAAGAGUUGGAGCCCCACAUGCAUUUCAUUCAGGAGAUGCUUGCCUGUCUUCCAGCACUUGAAAAGGUUGUCAUUAUACGUCCUUCGUAUAUGUCUGGUUUGAACGAGGAACAUGAAACUAUGGAAGAGAUUUUGCAUUUUCCGCGUGCGUCCGCGAAAGCAAAAAUUGUCUAUCAAUUAAUGGAGGACCCUCCAAUAUGAAACAUUUGUUUUGAAUGCUAAUAACUCUAUUAUAAUGUAGAAUUUCCUCAUAGAUUCUCAACCUGUUAAAGCAUAUAGACUUACUGGCUACUGCUCUCCUUAGAAGCCGAAACUGUGAUCUCUCAUUUGAGAGAGUCAUUGUGAUGCUGCCGAACCACAUUGUCACUACAUAUGUUUGUUGUUUUAUGGCGAGUCUAGAACCGUGGCUAGGUUUUCGAGUCUAUUAGCGAGAUUCAAAGUGAUUGAGUCCUAGAAUGUAGGAUUUCAUAAUCAAGGACGGUUAAUUGC